AGUUGAGAAGCCUACAUUGGUACUUUCACUCCUCGAUGCAAUCAUAAAAAUCCAUUAGCAUUAGAUUCAUUUCUUGUCCCACAUGAAAAAAGAGCACACCAAACAUCAAAACAAAAGCCAACAACAAGAAUCAACAUGGAGAAGCGAGAAAGCACGUAUAAACAAGGCAGACGGAAGCCGCAAUUAGGCUCCGGUGGUGGAGCUAACAUUGGAGGUCUGGUUCUGACAGGUGGAGCCUUGGCCGUUGCAAGUUUGGUGGGUUUUGCUCUACACAGAGGUAAAAGAAGAGGUGGUAAUGAGACCAGCAGCCGCCGCCAACGGCGGAAAGAAGAUCAAGCAAAUCAAGGGCUGCGUUUCAUCCUUCAAAAUUCACCUCCAACUUCUCUUUCAAAUUCAUGCUGCUCAAAUAAUGGAUCAAUAAAGGUGGUUGCAACCCAGGUUGACUCUUGUGAGUUGGUCUCUACUGAAAGUUUGGUGUCGGUUGAAAAUCCUGCAUAUACAAUCAACUGCAGAAAUGAGAUCUCUAAUGGUGAUACUGAUUAUGAGAAGAAGAUCCUACUCAGUGAUGAGUCAAAACAAGAUGGCGUUAAAUCUUGGGAUAAGCAUGGUGAGAUUGAAGAAUUUUCAUUUCCAGUGCUUGAAAACAUCAAGAAUGAUUCUUUAAUGGAAAUAAUAGGGUUUGAUAAAGAGGAGAAAGCGACGGAUGCUGUGGAGGAAAAUAUAGAGAAAACUUUAUCAGUGCAUUCAGUUAUGGAGGAAGAAAAAAAGGACGACGACAACCUUGACAAGGAUGAUGAUAAGGAGGAGGAGGAGGAGGAAGAGGAGGAGGCAGCGGUGGUGGCGAAAGAGACAAAAGAGGAGUUGAUCUUUGUGGAAAGAACUGAUGAUGAUAAUGAACCACCCUCAAUAGAAAUAACUGAGAAAGAAGCAACUGAUGAUACUCCAAAGACAAUGACAGACAUACCUUCAUCAAUGAAUUCUAUCAUAGAAAAAGAGGACUGCGCAUAUAGCAAUGAUGAUUAUGUCAUUGAGAAGGAUAAAGACAAUUUAAAGGGAACAAAGAGUUCUUACACUGGUUCCAAUGCUGAGGAAAUUUGGCCAGCGGCAUCAGUUGAGGCAUUGUCACAGAGGAUCAGGUGCAGACUGCAACACUCUGGAGCCAAAAUUAUGGAGGAAGAAGAAGAACAACCCACAGUAAUCAAAGAGUGUAAUCACCUCGACAAUGGCAAGACUGAUGUCCUAUGUAAUUGCAGAAAUAAUUAUGAAACCACAGAAAAUUCAAUGGUCAUGCAGAAAGAAGAAACCAAUUUAAUUAGAAGGAGAUUAUUGGGUAGGUACAUGGUAGUGCUAGCAUUGAUGUUGCUACUUUUAUUUACACAUCGCUUAUCUUACUUGUCUUCUUAGUUGUGAAUCUUGCCGAAACAGACGAAUUAAGAUUUUUGAAAUGUAAUAAAGUAAUCAAGGAACACGAGAUCUCAUAAUGCAAUUCUGAAAUAAAUUGAUGUGUUAUUCAUGAAAA